AUGGUGGCUCCUUCCAGCGCAGUCGAGUCAAGAUCGUCUUCGGUCCGCAACCUCAAUGACGAUCUCUUGCUGUAUAUCUUCAUGGCCAAUGCAAACAUGGACGGCGAUCCCAUCGAGUACGAGGGACGAAUCAAAGAUAUACCGUGCGCACUGACGUACACUCGCAAUACAUCCCACGUCUGUCGCCUUUGGCGCCAAACGAUACUGGCGUCGACAUCGUUGUGGGGAAGGCUCAUCAAUAUUGGAUAUCUCAUUCUCUUGAAGGAAGAGUGGAAGUGGGAGAUCUUACGUCGUACAAGUGCAUCCCUUCUGCACGUAAAGGGGACCCAGACCGGCUACAGCCCUGACUUUUUCCUGCUCCUCCGCCACAUCCUCGACAUCCAUUGGGAGCGUAUCGAAACAUUCGAAAUUUCCGCAUACUUCGAAUCUACUUGGGAGGGCGAUUUCUGGGAUCCCAUAGCGCGUCCGUCGGAGGUGUUGAAAACCUUUCGAGUCUCUCUCGGUGACCUAGAGCAGCCGCUUCAACCCGGAGAAACAUUAUUCGGCAACGAUGCGCCGAAGCUGCGCGAACUACAGUUGAUCGGAACGAUUUACUUGCGCGCCAACCUCGACUUAUCCUCAUCGUGGUUCAGCCAAAUCUGCCACCUCGACGUCUCUGGCUCAAUUUUCGCCCCUCGUCCGACUCUUUUGGCGUGGUUGGAGCGCCUCGGCGGCAUGCCCCAACUGCGGACUCUAACCCUGACCUCUCCAUUCCGUCCAGUUCGCCAGGACCCGAUGCCACUCCCAGUCGGUCGACUACCCAAUCUCACUGACCUUGAAGUCAAACACGACACCUACUCUGCCGCGUUGUUUUUGAAUCAUAUCGAGACCCCUCCAGCAUGCAGACUGCGUAUUGACACGUCUGGAAUCUUCACCACAGUCGAGUUUCCGGCCAGAAGCCACCUGAUCGGUGAGGUGCUAUCAAAGUAUAGCAAGCGCUGGUUCUCGGCGAACACCACGUCGACAAACCUCAAUCUGAAAAUCAACCGGCAAGGUUUCAGCGUGUCACAGGUCGAACGGAAUUCCUCUGGCUCUCGGGCCGCGGGAUGCCAAGAUAGAAUGGAAUUCGAAGUCUGCAUAGACGUUGACUACAACAUUGCAUUCACCGAACUUCUUUCCUAUGUCAACAUAUUCUCUCAAUGCGACUUGAGCCGCAUCGCAAUGCUUACCACGUAUCUGGACAUCUCCCCACAAACCGUGGCCAGCCCCCACCUACGGAAGUUUAUAUCCGAUUUCAUCCGUGCCUUGCCCAAUGUUCAGGGGCUCAUCACCUCAAUGGAAGUCAUUGCCCACCUCACGAAGAUUCCGCAAGGAGCCGGAUUGUCACCUGUGUUUCCUGCACUUCAAGUACUGGUCUUGUACGACGCCUCUGUCUUCUGGGGGGAUAAUGGUUCAGUUGGGAGCAAUCGUGGGCGCGAAGUAGGCGAGGCAUUCUUUCAACUACGCCAAGAAGAGAAGCAUCCCAUUCGGGUUUUAGAUCUCACUUCAUGCAGCGCGUUGCAUGACAUGAGCUACCUGGAAAGCGCGGAAGGGAUGAAAGUAUCCUGGAUCGACGACGGGGGUAAUCGGCGAGAGGAAGUCUGCGGCUACGGAAGAGUCGCCGAAGGACUCGGCCGUUGA